ACCUCCGGGGGCGGGGCCGGAAGUGCGCGGAGCCGGCUGCUGUCUGGAGCGGAGCGCGGGUGAUUCGGGGACGCUUGCGCGGCUGGAAGCGGCCUGUGGCGGGCACCAUGGCGCUGGCCGAGCCGGGCUGGCCGGAGAACCUCUCCCUGCUCAAAGCAGUAGAUGAUUUGUUGCGUUGUGGGAUAUGCUUUGAUUACUUUGAUAUUGCAAUGAUCAUACCACAGUGUUCACAUAACUAUUGUUCCCUUUGUAUACGCAAAUUUCUGUCUUACAAAACUCAGUGUCCAACAUGUUGUGUGGCAGUCACGGAACCUGACUUGAAAAAUAAUCGGAUAUUAGAUGAGCUGGUAAAAAACUUUAAUUCUGCAAGGCAGCAACUGUUCGACUUGGUCUUGGAUUCACCACCAGUUUCUCCUUCAACAAAUUAUACCAAAUAUUCUACUGUCAGAAGUCAUGCAUCAGGUUUCAUGGUUGGUUCAGCUUUAAAACAAAACAAACAAUGUAUAGACAACUUCCUAAUAAAGGAAAAUACUCCUACCCUUAAAAGGGCAUCUGUAUCUGCUGAGAUGGAAUGUAAAGGUUGUAACAGUGAACAAAUGACAGAUAAUAGAUGUAGUUCUGCAGGGACUCCUGAUGUGAUCAGUGAAGGGGUAUCAGCCACAAGUCCCAAAGGCAUGAGAAAUCCUGAGGCACCCUCUACCUCCGUUAUGAAAGUGGUUACAAAAGUGGAUUGUCCUGUAUGUGGGGUGUGUAUUCCAGAGCAGUAUAUAAACAGACACCUAGAUAGUUGUUUGAUAAGAGAUGAGAAGAAGGACAUCCUCAGAAGUUCUGGUCACAAAAGGAAAUUCCUGCCUAAAAUCGUUUACAACUUACUUUCUGAUCGUGAUCUGAAGAAGAAGCUAAAGGAAUAUGGGCUGUCUAUCCAAGGAACCAGGCAGCAGCUCAUUAAAAGGCAUCAAGAAUUUGUGCAUAUGCAUAAUGCUCAGUGUGAUUCUUUAAAUCCUAAAUCAGUGGCUGAAAUAGUGAAAGAGCUUGAAAACAAUGAGAGAACUCGGACUCAGCUUGAAUUCAAUAAAGCUGGUGAAAAUAGCAUGACAUUUACAAAGGACCAGACAGAAAAAGAAAUAGAGGAGAUUCACACCGAUUAUCGGAAUAAACAUAAAGGUGAAUUUCAGCUUUUAGUGAAUCAGAUAAAUAACAGAUGGAAGAAAACUGGUAAAAGGAAAAUUGAGAGCUUACAAGAGAGAGAAGUACCCACUGAUGAAGAACAAGCAGCAGACACAGGAGAACAGAAUAUUAAAAAACAAUGCAUAGACCACAUGUCUGUAACAGACCAGGUACUCAAAAUAGAAAUACCUGAUUUUGACACAAGGAAAUCCCAUAAUAUGGCUGAGACCUCGGAAUCUCUUUCUCCUGCAUUCUCAGAAUCAUCAGGAUCAUCAAGAAGCUCCAGUUCAGAUAUUUUGAGAGAUCUGCAAGAAGUUGAGAUGUUCACAGAGCCAUCCAAUAACAGCCUUCCAGAAGUGAAAGUUAGCAAACGAAAAUUACAUCGCCCCAAAACACCAGAAAGUGGGCAAUUGCUUCCCAGGAGUAAGCGGAAGAAGAACUAGCAAUACAGUCACCUGACAUCUAAGGCUAUGCAGUCAUCUGGAUACUCUAUGAGAUUUCCAUACAGUUUCUCUCUUUUUUUCCCAGGUAUGUCUGGGGGCACUUGAAGACUUUAAGCACUGAAAUUAUGUGCAUUCCUAUCAUUUAAACUGCCUUGAAAUAACUGAUAUACUUGUGUUUGCUUACAAUACUGGGGCCAUUUCAUUUUAAGAAUGGACAUGCAAUAAUGCUGCAUCUUUCUAUAAACAUUUAACUCUUCUGCCCAUAUUUUUAGCAUGACAAAUAUGUUGCAUUGUGGGGAAAAUGGUUUUUAUCAUUUAGGAAGAAAUGUUGACACCUUUGCUCAGGUAGGAGAAUAGUUUACUCCGUAAGUAGCCUUCUUAAGAUCGGUGUGACUAUUUGUGGAGUAAGAUUUCCUUAAUGGAGAAAACUGGCACCUGACAAAGGACAGCGUGGUGUUGCACUGCUUCAGAGCAGAGCUUGGACCAAGUUUUGAUUUAAGUCACAGUUGAAACCCAAAAAUGGGGAUGCAAGCUUUGCUAAUUCUUUUCCUUGGGCUGCUUACUUCCAUGUGAUAGCUCAGUUUCUGGCUGGAGCCAAAGAUUGACUCCCUAUUUACUGGUGUAGGAGAGAGGAUGUAGCUGUGUGAUGGAGCCUGAGGGUCGUAGGGAAUAUAUAGGCUGGCUCAGUUGUAACCAGUGUGAAUAGGGGAAUCGGAUCUGUCCCUUAACCAUUCCAUAAUUAGAUAAACAUAACCCCUGCAUUUAAAAUGUCUGAAUUUCUUACGAAUUAUUGUAAAUGUUCAACACACCACAAACCAUACUAAAGAGUAAUAUAAAUCCAGUGACCUUUUGUACUACCAGCGUUUUAUCUUAAAUAUUUGUGGUAGUUGGGCUCUAUUUGCAUUGGUAUUAACCAAAAUCUUUGCCUUUUUGAAAUUGUAAUGAAAUGAUAAGGCAGGGAGAUUAAUAUAUUUGGUCACUAUGAAACAAUUUGAUUUUGCAGGUGGUAGAAAUAUUUCAUAUUUCAAACCAUUUCAGUCCCAAAGCAAUAUGCUGUGUGAAAAUAUAUAUUUGUAAGGUUAUUCUUAUUCCUUUCAUUAUUGUAGUUUAAGCAUUAAGUUUAAAUUGAAGAUUCCAUGGUUUUUAGAAUGUAUGUAUUCUAGAUGUGAAAUAAAUAUUAAAAUGUAUAUAUGCUUAUUUUAAUAGUUUAAAGGCAUAUACAAAAAUUAAAGGGGCUCUUUCCCCUAUAUAGGACUCACACAGAGAAUACAUACUCUCCCCGAAUUUAAAAAUAAUCAAAUUUAGUCCCCUUGGAAAGCAAAGUCUACAUGGUCAUGACUGUUUUGUGUGACGCACAAAAUCCAGUUACUGGUUAAGAUAGAGGGUUCUGUGAAUUUAUAUUUUAAAAUACAGUUUUGAAGUUUGAGGUUAACAUGCUUCUACUGGGAAAACUGCUUACUGUUGGGUAUUUCCAUUCGGCCCAGGGUAGCAAACAGUGUAUCUGUUCUAAUAGGCAUAUCUGCAGCUAGUGUAAACUGUCAUAGUAGAGAUAAGAAAUAAGAGCUUGGAUGCGGCAUUUUCUAAUUAAAAUAAUCCCAUUGAGACUAGAUAACUACUAACUACAAUUAUUAGGUUAUUGUAUUGUGGUUCAUGGCAAUUAACAGAAGCAAGAUUUAAAUUCCACUCAAUUAUAUAGAGAAAGAUAUAAAACAUGUUACAUACAUAGGUCAACAUCUGUUGACUUAAAUGGCAGUUUACAGUAGCAAAGGAUGUCCCAGGUGAGUUUGCAGUACCAGGUCCUUGCUUUUGAUUGCCCUAUUUUUAUAGUUAGUUGGGGUUAAUUAAAUACUUAAAAAAACAUGAUUUUACUCCACUGCUAGGCAUGGACAAUUCCAUCAAUGAAAAUGUAACCAGUACUAGCACAUACUUGAAAUUUAACCACAGAGGGCAAGUGUGAAAAUAUUGUUAAUAAAAUUUGAGUAACGAGGUCUGGGCCUUUGCAUUGCUUGUUAAUGUGCUACUCUAACAGGAGGCUCUGAAACUGCUGAAAUGUCAGUGAGUAUUAUAGUUCAACUGAAGUAGUAAGUACCUUUGUUAAUGUUGGCACAAUAGGCAACUGUUUAUAGAAUUGCUAACUUAUGUUUAAAACUGUGCAUUUGCAAAGUUAAAUCCAUGAGCAUGUAAACCAAAAAAAUAUCUUUAUAAAAGCCACUCUCUUGGUAGAGUUGAAUCUGUUAGAUUUCCUGUUCAUGGUGUAUGCUCCUUAUACUCUGCAUUUCACUAAUACACUAGGUUAUUUCUGUAUAUACCUGCAGCCAGUGAAAUGUUACACUGAAACCGUGAAAUAUUUAAAACAUAAGAUUUUGUGAAAAUUAAAUACAUGGCAAAAUUCAGGAUAUUCUAGGAAAAUCAUGUGAAUGGUUGAAACUUGUGUUCCAAAGUUCCCUUCAGUACGCUGUGUUCCCUGAACAUCAAAAUGACUCUGUUUUUUACAUACAAGAUGGAAAAUAUAAAUCAUUAAAUUUGAGUGAUGUCAUUGCAAGCAAUACAGUAAGAUAGACACAAAAUAAUUAAAAGAUGAAAUUUGCAGGUUAGUCUUUUAUGUUUUCCAAUUUGUGCUUUCAUUGCUGUUGAUUUUUAUUGUAAUUUGUGAUACUGCCUGCUAAUAUCUCUUUGUAAUAAAACUUGAUACAAAUGCUUGUUAUGAGAC